AUGUCGGGGGAAACGUCAAACUCUCCGGUCCACGAGGAUCGGAACCCCCAGAAUGCGGAAUAUGAAACGGACGGAAGUGAUGUAUCUAAUGACGAUAAUGCAUCCACUUCCAACGAAAAGAGCAACAGAUUCAACCUCGCCAGAUCCUUAACCCGAGAUACACGGCCAGAACUCUCAACAAUAGCAUCCGUCUUUUCCAAUGGCAACCAGUAUCCACCAGGGGACGGUUUGCAGCGAAGAGACACUGUAGCUAGCCUUCGACUGGGGGACGCUGUCUUAAACCCUUCCAAUCCGCAAUUUGAUUUCUUCAAAUGGGCUCGCAAGCUGAUGAGAUUAAUGGAGGAAGAAGGUAUAAAGAGACGUCGUACGGGCAUUACUUUCAAAAACCUUAGCGUGUACGGUUCCGGUUCUGCUUUGCAAUUGCAGAGCACGGUUUCUACCCCUCUUAUGGCCCCAUUCCGCUUUCGCGAAACCUUCGGCAUCGGCCAGAAAAAUCACAAGCGAAUAUUAAAGGAUUUUAAUGGGAACAUCAGACAAGGGGAAAUGCUCGUCGUCUUAGGUAGACCUGGGAGUGGGUGCAGUACGUUUUUGAAGUCUAUUUGCGGAGAAACACAUAAUCUUGUGCUGGGAAAAGACACAGCAAUCCAUUACAACGGGAUUCCACAAGAAACCUUCAAAAAAGAGUUCCGAGGGGAGGCUGUUUACAGUGCGGAGGAUGAAAAUCACUUUCCUCAUCUCACGGUCGGCCAGACAUUGGAGUUUGCUAUUGCUUGCCGGACACCAGCUGCUAGGGUCAUGGGAAUGACAAGGAAAAUGUUUGCGCGUCAUAUAACGAAAGUUGUCAUGGCUAUAUUUGGCUUGAGUCAUACAGUCAACACCAAGGUUGGUGAUGAUUAUGUGCGAGGUGUUAGCGGUGGUGAACGAAAACGUGUCAGCAUUGCGGAACUUACGUUGUCUGGUGCACCGGUAGCCUGCUGGGACAAUUCAACCAGAGGAUUGGAUUCUGCCACAGCCCUUGAGUUCACCCAGGCCUUGCGGGUCGGAGCUGAUGUUAUGGGAGGCACUUACGCAGUUGCCAUUUACCAGGCAAGCCAGGCAAUCUACGAUAUCUUCGACAAAGCCAUUGUUAUCUAUGAAGGGCGUCAAAUAUACUUCGGGCUUGCUAGCGCUGCGAAGAAAUACUUCGAAGAUAUGGGAUGGUACUGCCCUCCGCGCCAAACGACUGGCGAUUUUCUCACGUCCGUGACAAACCCUACUGAACGUAGAGCCAGGAAAGGUUUCGAGUCCAAGGUUCCCCGGACCGCGCAGGAGUUUGAAGAGUAUUGGCGUCAAUCUCAAGCGUUCAAAGACAUGCAGGCUGAGAUCGAAGUAAGCGAGAACAAAUACCCAAUAGGAGGCUCAGCCUUGACAGAAUUGCGUGAAGCACGUCAGCAGGCUCAAGCAAAGCACGUUCGUCCAAAGUCUCCAUAUACCAUCUCGAUAGCGAUGCAAGUGAAAGUAUGUACCAUUCGUGCCUACCAGCGCCUGUGGAACGACAAGGCAUCAACGAUAUCUAGAGUGGCCGCGCAGUUAAUAAUGUCUUUGAUUAUCGGAUCUCUCUUCUUUGAUACACCGCAAGUCACCAGCAUUACUCUCUCUGACGAAAUUCUAGGCUCUCUACUAAAAUCACAACAAGAUGCCCAACGACCUAUCGUCUCCAAGCAUGUUUCCUUCGCUUUCUAUUAUGCAUGGGUUGAAGCCCUCGCAGGGAUUGUCUCUGAUAUCCCUAUAAAAUUCGUCAUAAGCACAGUCUUUAACGUAAUCAUCUACUUCCUCGGUGACCUGAGGAGAGAACCUGGAAAUUUUUUCAUUUUCUUCCUCUUCACGUUUGUCACUACGUUAACUAUGUCCGCGAUAUUCCGAACUCUAGCCGCGGCAACGAAAACUAUAUCUCAAGCACUCGCAUUCGCGGGAGUCAUGGUCUUAGCAAUUGUCGUGUAUACCGGUUUCACUAUCCAGCGAUCUUAUAUGCACCCAUGGUUCAAAUGGAUCAGCUGGAUCAACCCAGUAGCAUAUGCAUUCGAAGCUAUCCUAGUCAAUGAAGUGCAUAAUGAGCUGUACCCAUGCGCUGAUAUUGUUCCUCCUUACGGCCAAGGAAAUAAUUUUCAAUGUCCAGUUGCUGGUGCUGUAGCCGGUGAGACGUCUGUCUCCGGUGACGCGUGGGUUGAAUCACAAUAUGGCUAUAAGUAUACACACCUCUGGAGGAAUCUUGGAUUUAUAUUCGCCUUUCAGGCCUUCUUUUACGUCCUUUACCUCUUUGCGACACAAAUGAACACAGACUUGGGUUCAUCCGCUGAAUUCUUGGUGUUCCGACGUGGGAUUGUUCCUAAGUACAUGUUAGAGGAGAAGGAUGAGGAAAAUGGCGAAAUAGCGCGCCCGGGUGAUGUUGAUGUUUCUGCUCCUCAGGAUACGGCCAACGGAGAAGAUAAAACCGACAUUCUCCCUCCUCAGACAGAAAUUUUUACGUGGCGAAAUGUGGUAUAUGACAUCACAAUUAAAGGAGAGCCGAGGAGGCUACUUGAUCACGUCUCUGGAUGGGUCCGCCCUGGCACUCUGACUGCAUUGAUGGGUGUAUCCGGUGCAGGUAAAACAACACUGCUUGAUGCUCUUGCCCAGCGCAUUUCUGUGGGGGUUAUUACCGGGGAUAUGUUCGUUAAUGGAAAACCACUUGACCCUUCGUUCCAGCGUAAAACAGGCUACUGUCAACAACAGGACCUUCACCUUGAGACCACCACAGUUCGCGAGGCACUUCGCUUCUCUGCAAUGUUGAGACAGCCAAUGACUGUCUCAAAGGCAGAAAAGUACGCUUUUGUUGAGGGCGUUAUCAAGAUGUUGAAUAUGGAAGAUUUUGCCGAAGCUGUUGUCGGGAGCCCUGGCGAGGGUCUCAAUGUAGAGCAGCGCAAGCUCCUCACCAUUGGUGUGGAAUUAGCUGCGAAACCACAACUUCUGCUUUUUCUUGACGAGCCUACUUCUGGUCUCGAUUCGCAGAGCUCAUGGGCCAUUGUUACUUUCCUCCGGAAACUCGCCAAUAAUGGCCAGGCCGUGCUCUCCACCAUCCACCAGCCGUCUGCGAUAUUGUUCCAAGAGUUUGAUCGACUGUUAUUCUUGGCGAAGGGCGGGAGGACAGUCUAUUUUGGAGAUAUUGGAGAAAAUUCCGAGACCCUGCUCAAGUACUUUUCAGAUCAUGGUGCUGAACCCUGUGGCCCCGAUGAAAACCCAGCAGAAUACAUGCUGAAUGUUGUUGGAGCGGGACCUAGCGGCAAAUCAACACAGGAUUGGCCAGAAAUAUGGAAUGCUAGUCCGCAGGCCACGGAAGUUCAGGAAGAGUUGGAUCGCAUACAUGCAGCGAAGACAGAGGAGGAGGAGCCUGCUUCCGAACCAAAACAACAAUCCUCGAAAACCGAAUUUGCUAUGCCCAUGGCUUCGCAAAUCUACUAUGUUACUCACCGGGUUUUCCAGCAAUAUUGGAGGACACCGACAUACAUUUGGGGGAAGUUUUUAUUAGGUUUUAUGUCUGCUGUCUUCAUCGGUUUCUCGUUCUAUAAACAAAAUUCGUCUUCCUCGGGUCUUCAAAAUACGCUCUUCUCGAUAUUCAUGUUGACUACAAUAUUUACCAGUCUUGUCCAGCAGAUAAUGCCAAGGUUUGUUACCCAGCGGUCCCUAUUUGAAGUCCGUGAAAGACCAUCGCGUGCGUACAGCUGGAAAGCCUUCCUCCUUGCAAACAUCAUCGUGGAAAUUCCCUAUCAAAUCCUCCUCGGAAUAGUUGUCUGGGCCUCAUUCUACUACCCAGUUUUCGGCAAGAACCAGACAUCAGAACAGCAAGGCAUAUUUCUCAUCUACUGCGUGCAAUUUUUCAUCUUCGCGUCGACCUUUGCCCAUAUGGUAAUUGCCGGCCUCCCUGAUGCAGAAACCGCCGGACACAUGGCAACAACGCUCUUCAGUUUAGCGCUCGUGUUCAAUGGCGUUAUGCAGCCUCCCAGCGCACUUCCAGGCUUCUGGAUCUUCAUGUGGCGCGUGUCCCCAUUGACCUACUCCGUCGGGGGCAUGGCCGCCACAGGCCUGCACGGCCGCGUCGUGCACUGUGCGGAAAACGAAUUCGCAAUCUUCAACCCUCCAAGCGGCUCCACUUGCGGAGAAUACCUCGAGAGAUAUCUUGAGGCGGGCGCACCGGGCCGUCUUGAAAACCCUAGUGCAUUAGAGGCAUGCAGGUACUGCCCGAUCCGAAAUGCGGACCAGUUCCUCUCGACUGUUGAGAUAUUUUGGACACAGCGCUGGCGCAAUUUUGGGAUUGGGUGGGCAUAUAUUACCUUUAAUGUAUUUGCGGCGGUCGUGUUGUAUUAUCUGCUGCGGGUAAGGAGUUCGAAGGGAAGAACGGGGAGGUGGGCGAGCUUGAUGAAGUAUUAUAUGUUGCGGGCUGGACAAUGCGUCCGGGCCUUGUUUGCGAUGCGAUUUGAGAGAACACCUCAGGGGAAGAUUCACCUGAAUCAGCAACUUAUUUGA